CCUCUGGUCACGUGACCCGGAAAAUGUGGGACUUAAUUCCUGCGUUGGACUGCUCCCAGCUGCUGAGCCUCUGCCCUUCGCAGUGCAAGCCGCUCCUCUUCCCCAUCACGACCCCCGACCCCUGGGUGGACCCUCCAAAGCGCACCAUGUCGGACCAAGCUUUCGUGACGCUGGCCACAAACGACAGCUACGCCAAGGGGGCGAUGGUCCUCGGCCAGUCGUUACGGAACCACCACACCACCAGGAAGCUGGUGGCACUCAUAGGACCUCAUGUUGCCGAGCCGUGCAGAGACGCACUGCGCUCCAUUUUCGACGAGGUGUGCGUGGUGGACGUGAUGGACUCGGGCGACGCGGCUCACCUGGCCAUGAUGAAGCGUCCGGACCUGGGAGUGACGUUCACCAAGCUGCACUGCUGGAGGCUCACGCAGUACAGCAAGUGUGUGUUCAUGGACGCAGACACGCUGGUUCUGUCCAAUAUAGACGAGCUGUUCGAGAGGGAGGAGCUGUCUGCGGCUCCGGAUCCGGGCUGGCCGGACUGCUUCAACUCGGGGGUGUUUGUCUUCAGGCCGUCCAACGAGACGCACGAGAAGCUGCUCACGUUCUGCGGGGAAAAUGGCAGCUUCGAUGGUGGAGAUCAGGGCGUCCUCAACAGUUUCUUCAAUACCUGGGCCACAGCAGAUAUCUCCAAACACCUUCCGUUCAUCUACAACCUCAGCAGUAUCGCCAUCUACUCCUACCUGCCAGCUUUCAAACAGUACGGCCAUGGCGUGAAGGUGGUGCACUUCUUGGGCAAGGUAAAGCCAUGGAACUACUCCUACGACGCCCAGAAGGGCGAGGUCAAAGGUCAGUCGGACCCGUGCCAGCUGCACCCCGACUACCUGCUCAUGUGGUGGCAGCUGUACGCCAAGGCCGUGGUGCCGCUGCUGCAGAAGGCCUACGGAGACACGCCCUUCAGCAGCGGCUUCGUGGACGAUAAGCUCCACGAAGACGUGACGGCGCAGACGGCGUCCUCCCCGCCCCCGCCGCCCCCACCUCAGGUUACGUCAGCGGAGAGGAAGCAGCGCUGGGAGGAGGGCCAGAUCGACUACUUGGGCGCAGACUCCUUCGACAACAUCGAGCGAAAACUCAACUCAUUCCUGAAGUAGCGGGCGGCCGAGGGAGCGUGACGAACAGCAGCGGGAAGCUCUUUGCGGUCGGGUGGGGGGGUUAAUGAACUCAGACGACAUCGGGGGGGGGGGGGCCUGGCGAGGAGGUGACCGGAUGAACGCCUCUGACCGUCGUUCAGUCUCCCUCUCUCUGCAGAGAGUUUCAGUUUGGCUAAAUUACCGCACACCCCGCCGUUCUGUAGUCUAAAAAGGAAAAGUUUGACGUUUGUAUCACUUUCUUCCCAAAUGGCCUCGCUAAGUUUAAACUCGAGCGGCAGCCGGCCUCGUCUGACCUUCACACCGCGUCCCGCUGAGCCGUUAAUACGGAGGAACUCAUUUCACCCCAUCGCACAAAUUCCAGAGAUGUUUCUGGUCCUCCAGGAGUAAAUUAGUGGUUUAUAACAGAUUUUCAUCAAGUGUUUGUCAAAUCGUGUAACACUCUGGAAAUUGAACUGAGUGCUGAUUAAAGCUCUUCCUUCAGUCUUUCUGCUCAGGGCUGUUUGGCCACUCUGUAACCUCAGGACAAAGAAAAAAUGGAGAAUCGGCAUGCCUGAAUUUUAUCUGAAGGUUAACCUAGACCAACUAAUAAAAGCUGAUAUUUUUCCCUUCAUCUGACAUUUUGAUUCUGGCAAAAACAAUAGAAGGUAUUAUGUAAAAAACACUGGUUCUGGUUUAAACACUGGAUUAAAUCAAAUUGGCUGUAAUUUGAGUUUCAUGUGCUUUGGACAUUUUUUUGGUUUGUGGUUCGUUGUUUCCCCUCAAUCCGUUACAUAAAGUCAAACGUCUGUCCACAGCUGCUUCGUGAAGCAUCCCUCGCUCCCAGCUCUUGCUAAGAAAGUGGUGAAAAAUGUCAAACCGUUCCUUUUAUUGAGCGUUGCGUAUGGAAUGAAAUGAACUCGUAGUCUUCCUGAACUGUGGAAAGUCUCGGACUGUAGACCAGGACUUCGUGGUUUGAGGGGGAUCUGCUCGGUGGUCGUCUCUGGAUUUUGAAAUCUCUUCUCCGCAAUAAGUCUCAGUCGAGCAUAGGAGCGUUUAUGCAGCCCCUCCCCUCUUUCACCCUACGCCAUCUGUAUUGAAACUGUUUGGACAAUCCUGCUUUCCUCCCCUCAUGAGAGCGCACGCUCCGUGCCUCCGACACUCACCAGCUCCCCGCGACCCCAGCUCCCUAACGCCCGGUGUUGUUAGCUGUGUUGUGUUUGCAUGGCACAAGAGUUAAAAUGUGAGUCAGUGAAGAAGUGUUACGUCCCCGAGUGACCAUCGGUUUGUCGUUUUAUUUCUUCCCUGCGUGGUUUUUUUGUGGGAUUAAACACUAGUGCGUUCCUGCAUGUCUGUAGCGUCCCCGCCAGGCCCACACUGGCGUGUCUGUGCCAUGCGCCGGCUUUCAUCACUUCCCCUCCGUAGUGUAACCAGCUGCCUUAUCGCUGCUCACUGUUUACAAAACCUCACUCUUACUGUAACUGCUGCUAGUAGCACAAACAGACCUAUCGGGCGGCGCUCUUCCUUUCGCCAAACCCUCCGUUGAUUUCACUCCCGCCGUGUGCCUCCACUUAUGAAACACUCCUACAAAACAGCUGGAGAAGUCCAGACAGAAGUCCGUAUUUGUAGCUUUUUCAGUGUGGAAGUCCAUCUUAAACGUUGUGGCAUCACGUAAUGCUCAUGUGUUUUGUUUCCCAGCUGUUCAUUGUACAUCCGGCAAGUGCUAAUAAAACAU